GGAGAUGCCAGCCGAAUAGGUUGCACCGCCCUCUCAGCUCGGCGCAUCCCCUCUACUGGACGAAGUGCGACCAUUUUGCAGGGGGGAGAGGCGAGUGGUGGCGAUUGACGGCGCACAGGAGCCAGAUCUGGGGUGCAGGGCGGCGGCCUGAGUCGCUGGACCCGGGGACUGACGGCCCCCGGGAGGGCGAGCGAGAACGGCGCCGACCGGGCUCGGUUCUUUCGUCUCCUUAGGCACCCGUGCCCGCCUCAGGGCCUCCGUUUAACCCGCCGAGAUGUCUAGGCCCGUCAGGUGAGUCUCCUUCGCGAGCGGCGUGAGGCCUGCGGGGCUGGCUCUGGCGGCCCUCGCUCCCGCAGGCCACCCACGGCCCUUCGGCGGAGGAGCGAAUGCCCCGGGCCUCGUCCCACGCGAGAGGAGGGGAGGCGGCCUGGAGUCGGGUAUGGCGGGAGAGAGGGGAGGGGCGUGUGCAGGCAUGCAGCGUGCUGCUGCUGCUGCUCGGCGGUGGGGGGGGGGGGCGGGAGGCUAUCGCACGCCGCCGCUGCCGCCGCCCUGCAGGUCCCUUCCCUACAGGAUGCAAUGCUGCCCCUGAAGGUUAGCGCAAGCAAAGUCCACGUCUCUGCGGGGGAAGGAGGGGUGGCUGCGCCGGAGGCUUGCUUCGUGCACGUCGCCCGCGAAAGCGUGGACGGGAGGCAUGCCUCUCACGCGCGCCGCUGGCUCCGGAGAGCCACUUGCGCGCUUCCUCCGGAGGGACCUGGUGACGGAGAGGCACGGCCCUUUGCUGCGCCUCCGUGUUCCGAGCUGCAACUUGCAGGGGCGACGUGCUUUUUUCUGUGUCUCUUUGUACAGUAUGGCUAGCACAUCGGCGUGGGGGCGGGGGGCGGGAGCUCGCUCGCCAGAGGACAGGGUUCGUAGAGCCAAGGGAGUGCUCCCUAGUGGGGAGGCGGGCGUGUUUGCAAUCAGUGCAUUUCGCGAGGGGCUGGAAAUGAUGCUUCUUGCAGCAGUGGCUUCAUUUAAGUAGACAAGAAACGCCGUUUUUAGACGCCUCCUGCGCUUCUUUUGGACUGUAGCAAGCCUGGAAAAGAAAAACUUUUGUGUUUAAUUGUGUCUUUGAAUUUCAGUAUCUGUGGCAUUUAUAUCCCAUUCUUCCCCCAAGGAGCUGAGUUUGGCAUGCAUGUGUGUCACUAUAUUCUCACAACAGCCCUGUGAGCUAGGUUGGAUUAAAAGUGAGUGACAGGCCCAAUGAGCAUGAUGGUUUACAGGGGAUUGGAGCCCCAUUCUCUCCAUGGGGAUGCAAUAAUUCAGGAGCAGGGCUGGCUCCAGGGUUUUGUGGACCCUUGGGCAGCAGUAUAUCAGUGGGGUACUUGUUCCCCUCAACCCAAUAUGAUAGAUACUUAUAAAAUUACUGCAUUUUUUUUGUCUAGUUAUGCUUAUGUGGUAGUUGUACCCAGUUACUUGGGAGCAAGGUCCAUUGAAUUGAAUGGACAAGGCUUCUGAGUGGACACAUGUUGUGCUGUUAGGUUGCAAUCUUAUACACACAUUUCUGGGAGCAAGUCCCAUUGAACUCAGUGGGGCUUACUUCUGAGUAGAAGCUUACACAUUGUUAAUAUUAUCCAGUAAGGCUCUAGAAAUCUUAGUGCAGUUUUCAAGCCAUUUGGUGACUUCACAAAUAUUAUCAUAUAAUAAGGGUUUAAAAUUCAUGACAUAUGGAUACUUGGGCCAAGGCAUAGGAAAUGUUUUUGUUUCUUUAAAAAGCAUAAUGUAUCUGCUUGCAGGUAAGUAGUUUGCCACCCUGCUGUUGAUGCUGCCCUCUUCUGCUUGCUUUCUGACAUAGACACACACUGAUGAAUGGGUGCACACAUCAGCAAGUGACUGGUCUAGUACUCAGUCUCUUUCAGGGCCUGGCUUCUGCAGUGCACUGCUUGAGGCAUGUAUUGAUACACAGCCUCUGGUGCCACUGUCUUGCUUCCAUGAGGAUAUGCCUCAGCAAAAGCAGCAGUCCGGCCAGCAUGCUUUCUGCCCCCUUUUCCUGAAGGAGAGUGGGGGGGGGCUGUCUCAGCUGUAGAGCACCACAAUAGGCAGAGAAAAGGUCUGUCUUUGGUGUCCAUACCUUUUGGCUUCACUACUAAGGCCAGCCAAAACCUGCUUAUUAUAUUAUUAAUUACUUCCCAGAUACCUCAUAGGAUUAUUAGAGCCUAUACUUUGAUGCUGUAUAGACAUUGUCCAACAUUGAUGAACUGAUUAUGAUUAACAGCACAGUCCUAACCAUGUCUACUCAAAUGUAAAUCCUUUGGAUUCAGUGAACCUUACUCCUGGGUAAUUGGGGUUAGAGUUGGAAGCCUGAGUCAGACUUCUGUGGGUUGAUUUUCAGCUACAAAAAUAAAGUGUAUUUAUUUAGUUAUUAAUUGGAAUGAUACAGGCAAGCGCUCACAAAGCUACUCCAUGGAUAACAUUGCAUCAUGAGAAUGUAACAAGAUUUUGAUUUGAGAUUAGUAUGCCUGACUGCCACUUAUUUUGCAAAUGGAGUGAACUGCAUUGUAAAGUGUUUCAAUUGCAAGUGUGCAAGUACAAAUAGCAGUAAGGAUAAAGUGCACCCUUUGUGCAUUUUUUAAGAAGUGAAUUACUUAGCAAAUCUCAUUUUCUAUCAUGCUGAACGUAAGGAAUAUAUAAAUAGCUUUAGUCUAGGUUGAAAAUAAAGUUUCCCUACAAAAUCCUUCCAUUCUACCAUGUCAAAUGCCUUUGCUGCAUCCAAAAACACAAGUAGUCUUGGUGGUUUGCUUAUAUGUGCAUUCUUGCUAAGGUUAAUUACUUUUGUUAUGCUUAUAUUAAGUUGUUUGCCAUUUGUGAUGUCAGUUUAAAAUGGGUGGAUGUAGCCAACAUUUAUUUUGUUUAAUAAGUCAGGAUCCUUCCCAUGAUCUUCUAGAACAGAGCGGUCCAACCUCUCAGACCAAGUGGGUUGCAAGAGUACUUUGACACAGAACCUGCAGGCCACACACUGAAUUAAAUUUCCAUAUCAUAAAUUAAAGUAUUUGUAACAUAGUUAAUGUUAUUUAAAUACACAAUAGAUCUAAUAUGUUUACUUAUUAAACAAAAUUUAGUACACAAACAUAUGUAUGUGCUUUCAUUAACAACGGAGACAUUGAGUCCCUGUCAGGAUAAUAGGCGGGAUAUAAAUAAUAAUAAAAAAAAUAUUUUAGAAGUCUUCUAGUAAAAAAGAUUGAAGCCUCUUGUGAAGCAAGUAAAUAAAUGCAGCCAAAGAAGAAGGUGUGGGGUGUUCAACCGCUGUUCAUCCUCACCUGCCAGCUGGUUGCCACAGCGCUGCAUGGACCAGCCUCCUGAGCAACAUGGACCCCAGUAUGAUUUGGGCCCCCCAUAUUACAGCACUAAGCUCAGGAUGAGCCCACAGUUGUGUCCCUGUCCUCCAGCACCCCAGCAUUGCCCACUCCCCCCCCCAGCAGCACUCGGGUACUCUCCUGGCAUCCAUGGGUCCUGUUUCUAAACAAAACGCUGGAAGGCAGAGAAGGAGAACCUGUCCAAGGCAGGAGCACCCCUGGUUUGGAAGUGGUGACCCCCCCCCCCAAAGAGAAAGGAAUAUGGUUUGGAUUGGGAGAAGGCAGCUACUUGCAGCAGAUUCAAGGACUGCCUGCUCAAUGUCCUGGGUUGGGGGAAGCAGGAGGCUAGGAGUUUCAAGUCCCGAAGGGGAAGGCAACAAGGCCAUGGCAGAAUAUCUGCCCUGAGAGCCCUGCCCUGGGCAUUAGUCUCCUGCCCUCUGGACCCAGCCAUGUACAAGAAGAGCAGAGGGGCAGUUUGUAAUACACAGUGGCACACCAUAGCCAAUCAACCCCCACUACCAAACAUCUGGCCGCUGUCCAGUCACCUGGCAUGCCUGUGGCUGGGGAAGUGGGGGACCAGGACUUCAAUGACACUGGAGCGUAACAAUUCGCUGCUGCUGCUGCUGGUGGUGGUAGUUGACUGAGGUGGGGGAGAGAUCUCAGAUGUUGGGAUUCCCAACAGUCCUUUGGUGCUUAGCAAGGGUCGCAUGCGAGUUGCAUGUUGGACCACUCUGUUCUAGAAUAUAGAUACUAUUUUAGUGUGUAUAUUUUAUACAUUUGUAGCUGUUUGAUUGUCUUGCCUGCUCCAGACUCAUUAAUUCCCCUGUAGUAUGGGAAAGAAGUUGAUCUGUGUUUGGAAUAUACACGCAAACCCUUAGAAACGAGCUAAUAUGUAAAUGAGCAGAGAAGCUUGUUUUAAUUUGUGCAAAUAUUCAGUUCAAGGAUAUAAAAAUUAAGUCCAUAAUUGGAAGCUAUUGCUUUUUCAGAAAUUGAUUUUUAUUAGCAAAAGAAACUUCAGUAUGAUAGCACUGGUUAAAUAACACAUAGGUUUCUAGUUGCUAAUUUAAUCCUCAGUUACUGUUGUGGCGGAACUGAUAAGACUUCUAAAGGUUCAGUACAUAUUUAAUUCACUGUCCUUAAUACAUUGACCAGUUAGCCUGGAGCAGAUACUAGUUUGUUUCUUACUUCAGAGGAUUGGAAACAGGGGCAAUUUGAAAGAGGGGCAAUCACUUGUGGUUUGUACACAUCCCCCUGAUCUUUCUGGUAAACAUGCUUUUGCUUUUUUUGUUUUUGGCUAACUGAGUGUGAGAAAAGAUUGUUAUUCCAAUAAUAACAGCUUUCAUUUGUUACAAUGUUGAUUAUUUUUCAGUUCCUCUCUUAUUUAAUAUCUUUCCUAUAGUUGUACUGGGAAAAUUUAAAUAUGCUUGUGCAGCUUGGGGUACAUGCUGCUUCAUUCUAACAGUGGGUAUAUUUGUAAGUAUUGUUGAUUGUACAAGCCUAUAAUGUGAACCUCAGGUGUGAACCUCAUUGAAUUCAAUAGGAUUUACUCCCAGGCAAGUGUGCAGGAUUGAAGCCAUAGGCUUUUUAAAAGGAAAUUUCAUCAAGGCCAGCAGUACAAUUUUUGCAAAGAAACAUGUAAUAUAGUUUAUAGGUGGUAUCAAAUAGUGAUCCACCAUUGGUGGAAGGAAUCCCAUCAGCAGGUUUUUCUCAAUUCCCCUCAUGUCAUUCCGUAAAUAUGCUACAUCUGAGGCAGAUUUAGAGGGAUUGCAGAGAGCUCCAGGGGGAAGGGAGAUAGCUGAAUACUGCCUCCUUCACUCUUCUGCCACAGAGUCACCACUGGAUGCCACCGGAUGUUCUAAAGGUAGUCAAUGGUAGUUCUAAAGGUAGAUGAAACAUAGAGUUGUGAAGGCAGUGGGCGGUGGAAAUAGUGUGUGUUUUUUUUAAAAAAAUACUCUUACGAUACAUUUUUAUUUUAGAAUGCUUUUCAGUUUUUUUAAUGUAUGAAAUAGUGCAGCAUGGGGAAAUAAUUCUGAUAUUUGCCGUAUUCAAGAUCAACAUGCAUUAUUUACACUGGAUUCAUUCUUACAACCAGACAUUUAAUCUUUGUCACACUGUACGUUUUGCAUGCUUUCACCUAUAGAGGGAAUGCCUUUAAAAUAUCUCCAAAUGACAGUGCAAGGGAACCACCAUCCUAUAAGCCAAACUAGACCCAGAAGGGGUCCUAAUUUGGCUUUUGAGGCCAUUUCCCCAAAACCAUAUCCACCUGCCUCGCAUCUAAUAUCAUAUGUGAUAUGAGGUAUGGGGCAGGCAAAGGUGCACCUUGAAAUGUACAAUCUAGAUUACUAAGGAUUGUCAGCUUUAUAGCGAGCCCGGCAGCUGUGCUGUUGAGUUCCCGAUCAGCUGAUCAGCACUUACAGUAAGCCCCACACUGUUUGAAAUCAAAGGAACAUUUCUACUUUGAAAACCAUCUUAAGUUCACUUUGCCUUGGUCGAACUCAACUGUCUUAAGAAUGAAGUAGCAAACAAAAAUGAAAUGCAAAUGACUAACAGGUAGAAAGUUACUGGGCAGACUAGAGCAGUUUCAUUUGAUGCAAAUAGAAUGCCUAUAUUUGGCAGGCAAAGUGUAAAUACUCAUAUUUGAGAAAGUGUCAGAUUAAAUCUCCAUUUGUUUGGAAAAGCCUCUUUCAACUCAUUAUAUCAGAUAGUAGCAUCGAUUCAGUUUAGAGAGUAACUGCAGUGGGUAACUUGAUUACAUCUAAACUAUUAAAUAUUUAAGAAAUGUAGUGCUUUUAAUUAUGAAAAUUGAAUUUAUUUUUUUAUUUAAAAAAUAUUUUGAUUCCUUUUGUAUAUUCACAUCUUUGCCUUCUGCACUAUACAGAUUAAAAACCCUUAGAGCAGUGGUGUCCAAACUUUUUUCAAGAGGACCAGAUUUGAUGAAGUAAAGGGCCGACCAAAGUUGUUAAACUUUUUUUUAGGAUUGAAGUUGCUGAGGGUUUUUUUUUUAGGAUUUUACCUCAGGAAAUAAACUGCCACAGGGGCCGACUGGUGGGCUGGAUUAGGCCCCCAAAAUGGACUUUCGACAUGCCUGCCUUAGAGGAAGAAAGCAUGCCUUUCCUAGCUCAGUAAUAAUUAUGCAGAUAGUAACUUUAACAGCUGAUGUUAGGUUUGAACAGGCCCAAUAAGUUUAAGAAAUAAGCUGAUGUGAGGUAUGAACACACCAAAUACAUUAAAUUAUCUGGGUCAUUCUGAUAUUUAUUUUGCUGUUUUCCUAGAAUUGACUCCUCAGUUUUAUUCCCAAAUUAGCUUUGUUCAUUGUAGUGAUGCAAAGCAUAAAGUGAGUAAAGAGUGCUUGGCAACAUCAUUGUAAGUGAAGUACAGUAGUAAUUUUGUUGAGGUCUUCUCAAUUCACUUGAGUUAGUUAAUUCAUUUUUUAAGGCUUGCUUGAUUUUCUGCAACAGGUGCCUACUGCUUAAAACAUACUCCAAAGUCUUGCAUAAUAAGGCUAGGUCAAGAGUGGGGAACUAUUUGUCCUGUUGGGCCAGAUCCUUAUUGGUCCCCUUCACUGUGGACCAACUUGACAGGUGGGUAGGACAAUCCAUCUGUCAAAAACAUGUUCUCAAAUGAAUGGUAGGUGGGCUGUCAUGCCCACUUGUCAAAGCCCUUUGCGCAGCGCUCCCCAAGGGCUUGACAGCCAACUGGUGGCCAGCUGCUUGGAAACUGCAGCACAAGGAGCUUUCUACAGAAAUUAGCUGUGUGAUUUGAGUUUCCCAUGGGAAACUCAGUUACCCAACUGAUCCUGCAGGCUUGAACUCCAGCAUUCUUGAAGCUGAUGGUCAGUGACUUCAGCUCUCCUUUUUUCAGGGAUUAGUUUUGUGAUCAGGUUCUCCACAGGGAAUUAGGUUGCACAGCCAAUCCAACUGCAUUUACCUGCCCUACACAUCAAGUGUGGGGCAAGUGGGUGUAGUAUACAUAUUUUUAACUUCUUUUUCUUUACCAUGUCCAGUUUUCUUAUUCAUCAAAUAUUACCAUUACAAUUAUAUGAACAAGUACUGUAAUACAGUCAACUCUCAACAUGCUAGGAUUAUGUUCUAGGGAUAGUACAUAAAGCCAAAAUCACAUAUAGUCCAAACAUGCUCUCCCAAGGUGAGUGAAAUGGUGGGUAGGAUUGCCAGCUCCCCCCACCUUAAUUUCAAUGUUAUAUCAGCUAAGCAUGUAAAGCUAAAUUCGUGCAAGAUAGAUGUGCUUAAGUUGUGAAUUGACUGCAUACAAUUAAAUUGGGUGUCUCUGCAUUUAGAGCAUCCCUGCCAGAUAAGAACAUUUGCAUCAGAAGAUGCACAUUUCCAACAUCAAAGAUUCUUUUCACUUACUUUUAGAAUGGUUAAGUAUCAGCUGUAUGCCACUUUUCUCUUAUAGUACGCAUCAAUAGCUUGAGUUAAUUUUUCAAAAUAGCCUAUUUCUUAUCAAUAUUUUUUAAUUCCAAAAUUCUCAUUGAUGUAUUUUCUAGUUCCCUUUUCCAGAAAUCUACUUGAACUAUCUCGUAUGAAUAGGAAACUAGAAAUUGUUUAAAGCUUCAGUAGACUAGAAAGCAAGAGAUAGGUGGGAACCCCUGGGCGUUUAGAAAAACUGCUGUAAAUCAUUCUGAGCCCAUGGAGUAGAAGGAUAUAAAUAGAUCACAGUGGAACCAAUUUCCUCUCCAUCCUUCAAAAGGGGAGGGAGACCCUGGAUGGAUGCUGUGUGCGCGCGUGCGCAUGCACAAUCACACACACACCCUCUCUUUCCCCCUCCCAUUCCCCUUUGCAUUGCAGUCCAGGUUAGGGGCUGGCUGAGCAGCUUCCUAUGUUACCAGUCCUGAACAACCAUCCCCCAAACUAAGGCUACGGCCAGGUGAUUAAGGUUUGAACUGUUAACAACCUAGGAGCUAUGUGGGGGAAGAGGAAAGCUGAGGCCUCAUGUUGUCUAAUCUGGAAGUAUUGUGGGCACACUUAGCAGCAUUGCAAAGCCUUUUCCACCGGCCAUUUCCUUUAACUUCAGUCAUCUCUAAAAAUGGGUGUAUACAGUCAUCAGUAGCAAAGGUUGCUGCCUGAAGUUUCUUGCUUCCUUCAGGAACCAAAGAGUAUCCCAUCUGUGUCAUUUGGAUGCCUCUUUAAAGCGGUUUGAUGGAUUGAAAUCUAGUCUAGGAAAGCAGUAUAUUGGUAAAGGAGUCUUUGUUAUUAACAUUAAUUGUAGAUGCUAUAACAUUUCAGUCUGCUUAAACUUCUGUAUUUCUGCCCUUCUAGGAACAGAAAAGUGGUGGACUACUCACAGUUUCAGGAGUCAGAUGAUGCAGGUAAAUUUAAAACUGAUGACAGUCUUUGGCAGCUACUUAAAGUGGUGGGCACUGCAUGGUUUAAAGAGCAAGGGUGCUUCUAAGGUGUUUAGUUUUAUUCAGCCAAACAGUAAGCAUAAUGCUUUAGCAAGGGGUGAUGCAGAUGUGCUGUCUUGAAUAGGUAUUUGGGAGUUGCUAGUUUGGUCAACACAUUGUUUUAGCAUGUGGCUUUUUAAUUUCCAUUCCUCUGGGGCUCUCUUCCUUCUUGGAGUACUGCAAGUGAAUUAUAUUAAUGUUUCUGGAACCUCUACAGGAUUUUUUUCUUCCUUUCUUGGAAAGCACACAUGCUGCUACUGUCUGAUGAAUGAAGCUGCUAUGGUGGUAAUUAAUGAAAACAAAAUAUGGUGCUAUCCUAUGUUGUUUCUAAUUUUGUUUUGUUGGCUAUUCUGUUAUAACUUGUGCAAGAUCUUCACCAAUCAAGAAACAACAAGAACUUACCAAGGCAUUUAAAGCCAACCAGUGUGUCUGUCGAGCUCUUAACUAUUGUAGUUUGGCUUAUGAAUUAGGUUUGUAUCCAAUGCUAAUCCUGCUCACAGUAGACCCAUUGAAAUUUAUGAACGUAAAUUAUUCAUGUCCAUUAACUCCAGUGGAUUUACUCUGACUAGGACUGGCAUUGGAUACAACCCUUAACCAUUUACCAUCUUUAUUUUUUAAAAAGACCAAAAACAUACCCCAAUAAAAUUCAUCAUGACAGACAGACUGUGGCAGUAGGCAUAAGUGCAGUAUUGUUGUGAAACCUGUAUUUCAGUUUCUACCUUCCUUUUUAUUAAUUGAUAUGCUUUAUGCACCAUCACUCAACAGGUUCCGAGGGCAGCUCUCAGUAUUGCAGCCAAAUAUUAAGUAUUGUAUAUUGUUCCUCCUCCAGGAAACUUUAUAUGAACUGAGUGUGCCUUAGAGCACACCACAUCCAGGGGUCCACUGUGGCUUCAAGUUGCAGUGGAUUGGGAGCAGUGGGCAAAAUACUGUGGUGCGUCCAUCAUUAUUCUUCACAUGAAACCCUGAUAAUUUGAGAAAUCCUUAUUGUAUGACACUACUGUUCACCUGUGUAUAAAAGCAGUUGUAAAAACAAUUGACAACUGCUCACUGCUAUUUGGAUAUAAACCAGAUAGUCUCCUGUGGUCUGCCAGACAGAGAAAUUGAGAAGUUAAUGAGAUCUGUAUUCAAAGGGUAGAUUUGUAAUCUGGGGAACCGGGUUCUCGUCUCCACUCCUCCACAUGCAGCUGCUGGGUGACCUUGGGCCAGUCACACUUCUUUGAAGUCUCUCAGCCCCUCUCACCUCACAGAGCGUUUGUUGUGGGGGAGGAAGGGAAAGGAGAACGUUAGCCGCUUUGAGACUCCUUAGGGUAGUGAUAACACGGGAUAUCAAAUCCAAACUCAAUGAAACUGCCAUGUUAUUUUACUGGGGCUUUUAAAUAUUCUCUUGAGUGUUAAUUUCCUCUAAGUAUGAGUUUAUUUUUAAAAUCUCAUAAAUUGCUGUUUAAUAGGCAUUACUUGAAUUCCAUAUCCAAACUAAUUAAAAUACAGCCAACUUAAAAUGAACCAUAAUAAUUGCAGAGAAUCAUCAAAUCCAAUCUAAAAGACUACUAGGUUUUCAGCAGCCCCGAUUUUCAGUUGUUUCAUGGCAUUUUAGCAGGAUGCUGUGCUUAGUGUUAAUCUUUCAUGGUUAUACCAUUUAAUUAUACUAACUGGCAAACCUGUAAUCAUCCACAACACCUGUUUUAUCCCACUUACAAUAUAGAUGAAGAAUAUGGCAGAGAUUCAGCCCCUCCAGCCAAGAAAAUUCGUUCAUCACCAAGGGAAGCAAAAAAUAAGAGGCGGUCUGGAAAGAAUUCUCAGGAGGAUAGGUAAGCAAGAUCCCUACUACUUAAGUUUGUUAUAUAGGUGGCUUUAACUUGAGGACCUAUACACUUUUCCAACUUAGUUUGGAUGACUAGGAAAAGGGAUUUUUUAUAUAUAUACAGAAAAUGACAAAUAUAGUGCCCUAUACUGUGUGUUUCAAUAAAAGCACUUCAGCUUUUUUCAAAUAAAUUGUAGUUCUCUUAUUCUGGACUUCUUGUCUUUCCUCUGAAAUGGGUUUUGGAUUUUUUAUAAGCUGGUAGAGUAGCAGGGGAUUGUUGCAAACUUCAAAGAUAAAUACCAUUGCUAUGCAGAUUUUAUAGUUAAAAUUUGUAUUGUUUCCUUCAGAAUUCUCCCUCCUUGCAACUUGGGAAGCACAAGAGUUGCUUCAGCAAUUAAGCAAAAUUGCUUGUUGUCUGAAAGCUAUAUUUAGAAUGAUGCAGUAUAAAAGUACUUUAGUAGAUAUCUUUUUAUUCCUGGAGUAGAUAAUAAACUGAAUAGAAUUAAUAAAUUCAGUCAGGUCUUUUUGUUCAGAUGAAACAACCUAGCUGCUUUCCUCCUUUACCUCAGAAUGCACUAAUAAUAAAAUAAUCUUCAUGGUUGUACUUGAAUUAGAUCUACUAAUUUUCCUUUUCACAGUGAAGACUCAGAAAAAGAUAUGAAGACAAAGAGAGAUGAUUCUCACUCAGCGGGUAAGUUAUGCAUCUUACUAUAUAGAUAACCAGCUGGAGUUCUUUUCCCUGCCAUUGCUUCUCUCAGAAAUUUUGACUGUGUUCUUCUCUAAAUUGUCUGUAACAGUAUCAAAUGCACUUUCCUUUGUUCUGCGCUUGCUCACUGGUCUUUAGCAUUAAAGCCUGGAAUAGUCCACCAUUUCUGAUUGUGCUUCCCUGCAGUAGAAGGCUAAGAAUAACUUUUAUCACCAUGUUUUCCUCAGAUGAAGAUUUUGGCAGUGAGGAUGACUUAGGAGCAGAUGAUGGCAAAGCUGAUAGUGACUAUGAGAGUUCUCAAAAGAACAAAAAAGGGAAAAAAGUGAAACCUGACAAGAACAAAAGAGCAACUUCCAAAUCCAGGAAAAGGGCUGCAGGUAAAGGCUGUGUAAAUCAAGUAACUCACUAUGACCUGGUUUGCAUGUUACAUUCAGCCAUAGUUAAAAUCAUGGUUCAGUGGGAAUGAGCAUUGUGCUGGGUGCAUGCUACUGAAAUCAGGGACUUCACUUUUCUCCUCUCCUCUCCUGCUUCUGCUUCUGCCAUAUUUCCAGGAAACAAGCUGUGCUGUGGCUUGUUGUAUUGGCUCGUGGUUUGUUCCUCUCCAAAGAAACCAUGAACAGAAGCCAAGGUUUGUUCUUGGUUUACCAUUUAUGGUGUGUUUGGAGAAAAACCAGGGACGCAUGAUUCACAUGACAUAACUAGCAAGCCCAUAGUUUGUUUCCUAGUACAAGGGAGGAACAAAGUGUCUGUGUUUUCAGCAGUGUGCAGAAGUGCCCUGCACAUUCACAUUAAUAAUAAUAAUAAUAAUUUAUUAUUUAUACCCCGCCCAUCUGGCUGGGCUUCCCUGGCCACUCUGGGCGGCUUCCAAAAGAAUAUUAAAAUACUAUAAAACAUCAAACAUUAAAAGCUUCCCGAAACAGGGCUGCCUUCAGAUGUCUUCUAAAAGCCUGGUAGUUGUUGUUCUCUUUGACAUCUGGUGGGAGGGUGUUCCACAGGGAAGGCGCCACUACCGAGAAGGCCCUCUGCCUGGUUCCCUGUAACUUGGCUUCUCGCAGUGAGGGAACCGCCAGAAGGCCCUCAGUGCUGGACCUCAGUGUCAGGGAUGGAGCCAGGGAUGGAGAACCUCAGGUGCUGGGGACAAAUGUGGCCCUCCGAGCUUCUUUAUCUAGCCCUCAAGACACUCUCUAGGCCAAAAUCUGUCCCCAGGCUACAACCCUCAUUGGUUCUACUCUACUUUCUUGAGUGUAUUUACCUGGCUGGAAUACGUCCUUGAACUGUGAUGAGGCUUCUUGCUUCCAUGUUAGAGGAUGGAGAGGUAUAGGAGAAGGAAUAGAAACCUCUGGCUUUUGCUUGCCUGAAAUGUAGCCUACUAUAAGAGGAAUAUCCAUUGCUCCACUCACUUUUGCCUUUAAUCUCCACCCAUCACUGGCAUUUGACCCAUUCCAAUGUGACCUCAAGCUAAAGAUGUCCCCCACCUGUGUAUGAAGCAGUAGGUAAUGAUAUGUGCAACCUGACCUACAUUAAACUUCAGUUUCCUGCAAUAUAUUUGUAUCUAUCGAUUCGGUUAAUGCCUAUCAGUGCAAGCUUAGCCAUGUCUGCUGAUAAGUAAGUCACAGUAAAUUCAGCAGGGCUUAUUCCCAGAUAAGUGGUGUUAGGAUUGCAGCCUUAAUACAUGUCAUCACCUUCAUAACAUCUUACAUAGACAAUUUCAGGUAAUGCUGUUUCAGAAAACUGAGGAUCCAUUUCUUACUUAAUUUAGCCAACUCGGCAUAUCUAAGCAACCAUACAUAUUAGGUGUGUGAAUGGAAGACUGGUCAAGUUAUACCUAAACUUGUUGAAGAAUAAAUAUUAUUGCACAUUCUGCUUCCUCACUGGACUUGCUUCAAAGCUUUUUGUAGCCUGUGCUGCUUAGCACAGUCCCUUCAGCCAAAGGAUAUACAUUAAAACAUUCAUCAGUUUUGAAUAAAAAUACACAAAUUUAUUUGUUAACACAGUAGAUGGAUAAUUUAGAGAUUUUUACAUUUUUAUAAUAUGAAGAGAACAAUAUAUGUUAACAAACCAGAAAGAGGAACUGAGGGAAUUCGUAGGGGGGUGGGAGGGGGGUAUACGGGGGCGGCAGGGGGGAAAUUGGGGGGGGGGAUACAAUUGUUGGAAUAAUUUGUUAUGUGAAAAUGGUUAAUAAAUUUAAAAACAAAAAACAUUCAUCAGUAACUGUUCUUAGGCCACAAUCCAUUGUGCUGGGGAAGGCUUCCCCCUCUGAGCUCAAAAAGACCUCUGAUCACAGAGUUAUGGCGAAGUCACUCUUCCAGGGGUGAGCUCCCUGUUCUGCCUGCUGAAAUGCCCACAAAAAUCUCCAGAACAGAAUGCUUUUGGGGGGGGCGGGGCGGGGAGGGAUCCUGAGCCAGCCCCACCACUAUCACUUGGCAGCCUCAGGCCCAAUCAGCUGCUCAACUCGUGCCUUGCUGCCUGGUGAAGGUUGGGAUUGUUCUACCCUGGGCCAGCCAGCCAAAGACAUUUUGGCACCUGAGGUGAACCACAAAAUGGCAGCCCCUCCCCGCCAGGGAAGAAGGGAUGAGUGAAGAUCUACAUCAGGUAUAACAAGUAAAUGAUGAUCUACAUGGGGAUCUGCUGCCCCUGUGGAUCCAGCUGCCUGACAUGGUCGCAUCACUUUGCCUCCUGGGUGAGCUGGCCCUGGCUCUAUCCAUCCUUUUCUGUCCUCAUUUGAUUAGCAUCUUGGUUCUGAUUUUGGUUAUACUUCCCUUUUUAAAAGAAAGAAAGAAUCAAUGUUUAUCCACAAAGCUUUGCUACCUUUUCUCAGAUGAGAGAGCCAGAGAAGGGAAAUGAACAGUAUGUUAUGUAAAAACUAGCCCUGCUUCUUGUUUUUGUUUAGUCGUUUAUCGUGUCCGACUCUUCGGGACCCUAUGGACCAGAGCACGCCAGGCACUUCUGAGCCCUGCUUCUACUGAGUUCCAUUUCCAGUGUAGAGAGCAGCAGGUUAACCAGUGCUGGGUGUUCCAUUAUUUACCAUUACAGAUGGGUAUUUUGCAUGGAGACAACUUCAGAAUGAUUGAAAAUUAGAAGCUUUCAGAUAAGUUUGGUGUUCAGCAAAUCUGAAUUAUGUCAUGAAUAGAUAAGCCUUUAUUUCCCCCUAGUUUCUUCCCUACCCCAGUUGGAAAUGUGUGCUGUACUGUCCAUCUUCAGUGUUCUUUGGUGACUUUAUAACAGAGGACAGUGAGGAUGAGAAAGAAGAUCAGAAAAAUGUGCGCCAGCAGCGACAGGCAGCAUCCAAAGCUGCUUCCAAGCAGCGAGAAAUGCUCAUGGAUGAUGUGGGCAGUGAGGAGGAAGACCAGGAAGAGGAGGAGGCAUCGUUUCAGGAAAGUAAGUGGCACCGAACGGCACACACAAAUGUAGAAUAGAAGUGGGUUCGACAAAUUACAUCCAUGCUUGAUCUAUCCAGGCUAAGCUGCCAAGGUAGGCAAACUUGACAUUUCUGCUUCUUGAGUAUUGAAUGCACUUCAUUGUUAAUGUACUUAGUGUCCAGCUUGGCUGUUGACAACAAAGAGGGAAGGGAAAACAACGCUGUCCCUCAAGUUCAGGGUCCAAAUCUUUUAGGACAUGUGGAGAGCUUUUAGUCAAUAUUUCUAUUAGUAACAUACAAACUUGCCAUAUUCGUCACUGUUUUAUCUUCAGCACUGGACAACAAACUGAACAGGCCACUUUGAUUACAAAUACCAUCCUAUCUGGCUUCAGGAGACAGUAAAGGGCCUCAAAUCCCCUUGUGUACAUGGUUAGCAAUUAAAAAUCAAUAUGUGGUAAAAUGCCUGCACCUCAGAUUUUAUUUCUUGCUUGUUCUGUUGUGCAAAUUGACAUACCCUUGCUCUAAAUGAUGAAAAGUGGGGACCCAUUUCUUAUUUGCUGUGAAUGUGUGCAAAUAAACAAGAGAAACCCAGUGAGCUGAUGAACUAGAAUCAUGGACAUCUGGAUUCAAAACCUGGAAGUCUGUUAUAGGAAGCAGUAAGCUACUGCUAUUCCAUAUAUAAUAAGUUACUGGUGUUUGUUUCCGAGGGCACUUCUACAGCUUGCUACAAGAUGGAAGACCAUAUUGAACAAGAGAACAGACAUAGGCUGGGAAGGGAAUUCAUAUAGAACCUACAGCGGCUGGCAUAGGAAAUGGUCAGGAUGAGCCUCCAUGUAAUUGCUCUUGAGGGAAGGAGAAAUAUGCCUAUGCCACUGCUGUUUUAAAUAAUUGUGCUGCUUGUCACCAGUCAUAAAGCAGAUUUACAUGAGGAAAUACUGAGGCGCAGAAGUCCUGAUUUCUCCAAGUUCUAGCAAGUAUGUUACAGGAUAUAGAAGCCAAGAAUGCUGACUUCUAUCCCUUGAUCAACCUACCAGACUUUCUCCCCCAUUCUGUCUCUCUUCCAAGUGAACAAGGACAGCCCUUCUUAGAGACAUUUCAUUCCUCUCUCUCUGCACAGAAGAGUCUGGCAGCGAUGAAGACUUCCUUGUGGAAGAUGAUGAUGAUAGUGACUAUGGCAGUUCAAAAAAGAAGAACAAAAAAGUGGCUAAGAAAUCCAAACCAGAAAGGAAAGAAAAGAAAAUGCCUAAACCAAGGCUAAAGGCUACAGGUGAGCUCAGCUUGCUUCCCCUUUGCACCUGUUAGGAAUAACAUAAUGGAAAUUUGCUUGCAAGUGCUUAUGUUUUCUCAGCUCUUCAUCUCUUGUGCUUGAAAGAAUAGGAAGCAAUCAAUUUUCAACUAGCAAUUUAUCCCUAUUAACAUACAUGGCAGUCUGUAUAAUGUGGUAGAGCUGAUUACUGGAAAGUUCUUGUAUGGAUUGCUCCUGAUUUCAAAGAAGCUAGUGGCUGUAUCAGGAUGGGAUUCUAUGACUUCUUGGUUACCAGUAUUGUGUUCAGACCACUUGCCAGUGCUGAUUAAAACAGGUGAUGUUCGUGCCUACCAAUCCUAAUAAAUUCCCUUUGUUCCAUUAGGCGUGAAAAUAAUAUGGUGAAUCUUAGGACAGUUCCAGGUGUAUCCAAAGCUACAUACAUCCUGAAAGCAUAAAUGCUCAUUUGGUUAAACCUUGUCUUAAGAAAAGUGUAAGCACAGUGCGGGUGGAAAUUUUUUGGGAGGCUUCGAUUAAAUUAUCUAAACAAUUACUUGGAUAACGGGUAUGCCCAACUGUUAUGUUCCUUUAAAUAUCAAAUGUAUCAUGAUUCUAGCAGAAAGGAAGAGAUGGUGCUCCUAACCUUUAGCUGCUAUACUGAAGGAGAAUUUUAGAAUAAAUGCAUUCACACUGGCUGUGUUUUCAGCCUAAAAUCAGUUACAACACUUGAAAUGCUGUGCAUUAUUUAGGAGUAUGUACAACCAUGUUAUUGCCACAUGCCCAGCUUACAUUACACUAACCCUGUGAUGCCUUCGUAUUUUAGUGAAAGUCAUUCUGUUUCAAAUUUGCUUUUAUCAUAACUGGCUGCUUACCCUUGGAGAAGAGAAAGAUGGUGAGCAUCAGUUCUAAGAAAGUUUUAAUGGCACCUUUAAGAAGGAUAUGGGAGAGGGUGCCUCAUUGCUGGCACAUUUUAUUGCUGACACAAUAGCAGGCUCUCAUAAGUCUUUUUAAAAUAAUAAUUAAAAAAAAUACGGUUCUUAUUAGGAGGAAUUGGGCAUUGUCCUGAGCACACCAAGCCCAAGGAAGACAAACAGCCAGUAGCUUAAUUCUUUACUGACAGCAUGCACUAGAGUAGCUCCUAAGGUGCACCAAACACACACACACAUACUUAUGGCAACUGAAUAACUGGUACUCCUUCCCUGGGCUUGUGCUCUGAGCUGGACUGUUGCGUCCACAUGACCCUGCCUCCACCCACACUUAAGUUCCCUUCCCUGACAGGGUACACACAAACAAGCUGUGACUUCUACACUGAAAUCACCGCUGUGCCUGUCUCUUCAAGCCCGUCCUGGUCCUGGGAGACAACAGGGAAGGGGACGGAGGGAAUUCUACCAGCCUGCCCCUCUCAACAGUUUCUUCCUCUGCUCCUGAUGCAUCCUGCACCCCUUCCACUGUCUCUGACUGUUCAGACACUUGGUCCAGACCAAGCUCCUGCCUCACAGGUGGCACAAAACCCCAUAAAUCACUGACACCCCCCCAUCAGCCUCAGGGGGCCUCUGCCACACACUUCUUGGAGCCCUGACAAGCACCAUCUUGUAGGAAUUUAAGCUAUGUUCAAUAGUACUAAUACAUUUUCAUUCCUACAUUACCAGAUUGAAAAGUUAAGAAAGGAAAAACAUAUUUUAAAAUGUGCUCAGAAGCUGAUUUUUUUAAAAAAGCACUAAUUGUAAGAUUCUUUGUUACAUUUUGAUGCUUUUCUUCCUUCAGUUACACCUAGUCCAGUGAAGGGCAAAGGGAAGGGAGGCCGUCCCACAGCUUCAAAGACAUCAAAAGAAAAGACCCCAUCCCCAAAAGAUGAUGACGAAGAGCCUGAAAGUCCUCCAGCAAAGAAGAAAUCAGUUAGUCCUCCUCCAGACAAAUCUGGGGAUGAAGGGUCUGAAGAUGAAGUCCCCUCUGGUGAAGAUUAAAUGGUGGUGUGGGAGAGAAACUUUUUUUGAGAGAGCGAGAGAGAGUAAGGAAAAGAGAAUAUACUUAGGGGGUAGAACAUGGUUUUGGUUGUGGCUUGACUCAUGGGCUGUGAAUGCCACCUUUACUUUAGCUGUUUUAAUAGUACAGUGCUUUCUUCUUUUUUUAAGAGAACCUUUACACAAUAAUGAUUUGACGUCACAGUCUCUACUGGCCAUUCCGUUCUCCCCAACCAAAUUUGAAAGCCAUUUAGAUUUAAAUUAACAGCAUACUAAAGAUAUAUUUUUGAAGGCUUACUGCAGUUGUAAAGCAAUAAGGAUGAGGCUGAUACUUGGAAAUCAUAGUUAACUAAUGGUAUAGGUUUUCCAAAGCUGCAGAAAUUCUUCUAAGGCAACUGUUGCUUAAUUGAAUCCAAAACAAAUAUAUUAUUGCACAUUGCAUUUCCUUUGACAUAAUUAGUAUAUGAAUUAGUUUGAAAUCCAUCAUGGGUUUUAAGUUCCAAUACUCUGAAUGUUUGGGGUUCCACAGUCUUGUUUUAAUGACCAUUUGGUCUGUUCUAUUUUUCAGUCUUCUGAAAGACCCUACCUGUUCAUGCCGUAGAUACUAUUGCUGCUUAUUGAUAAGGAUAGGAUUCCAUUCAUUUUUUCCCUGACUCUCAUUCGUUUUGAAAUGUCCAUCUUUUUAUGCUGCUUUGAAGCUUUGCAUAAAAUUUAAAGCUUGGUUUCAGGGAGAUUUUUGGAAGCUGGAACAACUGUUUUGAAAAGUUGGGAUGGGAGGCUGAGAGAGGUAUUCUUUAGAAACGUGGAAGUGACUUUAUAUAUUGGCACAGUGUCUUUUUCAAUCCAAGAGUCAUGGCUUAAGUACUCCUUUCCCUGAGAUCCUCAAAAGUCAGACUACACAGCUUCCACCAACAAGGAGUUUAAUUUAUCCUGAACCAUCAUUUCCUUGCUUAGUUUAGUUUCCCCUGCUUUCUGCUUUCUCCAUUGCUAGAUCUUACUUAUUCUCUAGUUAGCAGAGGCUAUAUACCUAGGAUAAGUGAGGAGCAGAGUGUGAACUGGAAGACAUGAUGUAGCAGAAAUAGUGCAUCUCAAAAUCAGGAUAUCUUUCCAGUGCGCAAAACAAGUUUUCACUGAUGUAUCAGUAUUGCCAAUUUAGACACAAGACAGAUUUUGCUUUUCAGUCCCAGGUAAUUACAAAUACUGCAGUAUUAAGUGUGAGUUAGAGUGCCAUCUGCUUUACAUCUUCCAUUUUGUACAGUUGCAGUAACACUUUCAACCAUAAUCUCUUUGCAAAUUGAUUUUGAGUAUCAGUGUUCUGAAGCCAGAUCCUUUGUCAUCUGUGCUAAGAUGGUUAAAAGUGUAGAGAAUGCUAUUCACAAGCAUCCUCUUCAAGGACAAGGUCUGCUUGACUAGUAUUGUAAGGCCAUGCAAAGAAUAUAAAAGCAGUGAAAUACCAUGUAGGUUCUUUCUCUCACACAUGCAUACACACACAUGGCAUAGGUAUGUGCUUUUAAACCUUGGCUUAUUCAGACUUCUGCUAUUUAUAAUAGCUCUACUUGUGUCUACAUGACUUCCACUUUACAUCUGCUUUGGGGUUUAGUGAAAGAACACAAAUUCCUCCUGGGUUGGAGUAACAGUUUUGAAGUUAGCAUAUGUGUUUUUUAACAAUAACUAGAGAGCAAAAAUAUCUUGAGAUCCUCCAUGGACAGAAGCCAGUCCAUCUUGACUCACAUUUGCCAAUUUAGCCAAAGCUUAAUUGGCUGUGUGAUCUGGGUACUACAGGCAUGAAGACUGUAUUGCUUCUUUCAGAGUGUUGAGUUCAAAGUGGUAAACUUAUUCUAUACUGUAAAUGAAGCACUUGGUGACCUAGUCUAUUUGGCUGCUCCAAAUGUACACAUUUUUGAGAGCUUAGCUCUAGCGAUUAUGAUCAGCCAACUGCUUAUUGCUGUCUGAAUAUGUUUCUGCUGAUGAUUCACUUAUUUUGAAAAAUGUGUGUCUUUUUUUUUCUUGGCAUCCUUUCUUUUAACACAUUCAACAGUGUAUAUAGGAUGCAUAAGAAAGUCAUCAAGACUCCUGUUUUUUCUUCUUCGUUUAUUUGAACCCAUUACCCCCUUGAAUUUUUAAAAACAGUUCUGUGUAUCAGAUAUUGUACAUGAUGGAGAGCAGGCUAUUUUAUGUUGAAUCUGUGAAAACCCAAACUAUAUGCUAUGAUUUUACUGGGUUCUGCAUAUGUCUCCCUGGAAGCAAAUAUUUAGAAUAUUGUGAGUGAAAACAUUUAACUGCUUUCUCUCACCAUUCUUUAUAGUCCAGAGAUGGAAGGAAAGUGUUUCCCUCCUGCAGUCCAUGUAACACUAGCAAAAUAAUGUUAAUAUUUUAAACUUGUAAUUCUAGUUUGCAAAAUCAGUUUUCUCUGCCUCUGUGUAUAUGGCUUCUGAGUGCAGUAUUCUAGGGAUGUGAUAGCCGUAUCAGUUCACUAGUUUGUCCCUUGGAACAAGUAUUGCCAGAGAAACAAAUCGGUAUACUUCAGUGUGUGUUACUGUACAUCGAUUGCUUCCUGGGAGUGGCAGGUUAUUUAAUAAGAUUUACUACAAAUUUGCUGAAAAACCAAAAGCAAAUAUUUUCAGUGUAUCGUAAGUUUUAGCUUUGCAAGCAACUGUGAAAGCAGUAUGGGUAUAAACAGAAUUUUAGUAGGGGUUUGAAAGGUUUUUUGCAGCUUACCUUGGGGACUUGACGAGAUAGUGGUUGCCAUGGUGCUGAAGAAACAGCCUGCACACCUUAAAGGUGAAUAUCCAAGUAUAGGAUGGCUUUUACUUUUCAAUCUAAUGUUUUAGGGCAAAUCAAUAAAACUUAAAUCAAGGGGCUUAGUGCUCAGUUUAAUCUAACGUACGAAUCGUGUAUAAAUAUAUUGGGAGAGAUGGGGAAAUGUAUAUACAUUCAGGUGGUCUGUAAACCCUUCUGGAAUUGUUAGUAGGGAAGAUGUGAUGCAGAUACUGAAUAUACUCGAUUGUGAUAUGCCUGCACCAAGUACGGAAACGUUUAAUUAUGUGGAUUGAAAUUACUUUUUAAAACUUAAUUUUAAAGUAUGACUCCCAAGUACAACAAACAGCUAAACUAAGGAGUGGAGGUGGGGCAGGACAAGAGCUAUAACAUGCUGGAAGCUUAUGAGCUGUAGAAAUUGGUGCUUUUGCUUUAUGUAAUUUUUCUGUGGAGUGUUUAUUUUUUUAAAACAAAUCAUAAUGUUGGCACAUUGUUUUAUAAAAUAAAAGGAAAUUGAUUCCUAUGAUUUUAGCUAUUUGGAAAGUUACAUUAGUGCUUUGUGGAGGAAUUUGACUGUUUCCCCCCUUCCCUCCAAAUAUUCAUUGAAUAGGCUCUGUGUGGGGCUUGGGUCCACCUGUUACUGAAACCCAACAACCCUUCCCUCUUCUCUUCUCUCCCCCCUCUUCGGGUUGCAUAUGGAACAAACAACUUGUGGAAUCUUGGGCCCAAAUGGAAACUGGAUAGCAAAUCUCCUCUUGGGCAUGUAAUAAUUUAAGGACCCAUAAUUCACUAAGCUGACAGUUGCCAUUGGUAUUCCUCCUUUCCCCCCAUUCUCAUUUCAGUUUGCUUCACUGGGUAGCUCACACUUGGUUUUUCUUCAUGAAACUUUUCUGUCCCUUGAAGCGGAGGUUUUGCCUUUCAAGUCUAUUAAAGCAUUCACUAUAUGCUGUGUUGACCACUGUUGAGAGUACCUGUUGCCCCACCUGCCCCUGUACAAAACUGUAGAAAAUGGAAUGGUUCCAUCAGUUUGAGCAUGCUUGGUGUGACUGCAAGAUACCAUUGUGCAUAUGCUUUGUAUAUCUGGGGAGGGAUUUUUUAUAGGGGUUUGGGGCAAAACAAUACGCAAACUUGCUUUAAGCCACAAUAACAUGAAAACCCCUUCAAGUAUCUUGUGUGAAUGGGAGUGGGUGUGCGUGUAAGCGUGCAUGUGUGGGUGUCCGUCUGACAACUUAAUGUGUGUUAGAAAUUUGUGAACUUUACUUUUCCCGCAGAAACAGUUAUUACAAAAGUUGUAUAUAAGAGAAUUACAUAAUUUGUUUACCAGGAACAUGUCACAGUAAAACCCUGAACUAUUCUCAAAUGUAAAGAGGUUAAAAAAAAAGACUCCAAGUGGGGCAACUGCCCUUGGCAUCAGCUACAGGUUGAUGAAAUGGAAUGCAGUGGAUAUUUGUCUUGGGUGUUCACUACCCUGUUGAGUUCUUGGUCUCCCCUGGAUUUUUUUCAUGGCCUUGAAAGACAGGCUGCUGACUAAAAUAUGGCACUUCAACUGGUCAGUUAUCUGAAGGAAUAUUGCUAGACAGGAUGCCACAGUCACCAGUCCUAUUAAUAGCUAAUAGGGUUGUCAUUCCCUUGACAAUGAAAUCUGCAGCAUGGUACUAGAAGUUCAGUUUGAAUGUAACAUUAAUGCUUUAUUUAAAAAAUGCAUUUUUUUAAAGAAAGGGGGGGUUGAAGUGAACAUGACGUUGUUGACCAUGUUCGUGAAUUAUAGAUGCAACAUGCAUUGGUAGAAUUGUGUGAUGGUCUUUUGUGCUACUUAAUUUUACAUAUUCCAGUCUCUGUAUGUACUUGCAAUUAAAAAAAAAUUAACAAACCUUGCUUUGCUUUUUAUUGAAGGGUUCCCAGGACUGCAUAUCUGCUCCUGAGCUCUGUUUUAAGUAUGUGUAUCCUUGGCUUGUAUUUUGUAUUAAAAGAGAACAUGGAAAAGAACCCUUUAUUGUUCAGCAUGUUGGAUUUGUGUCCCCCUCAUUUUUUUUCUCUUUUUUUGGGAAUAUAUUAAGCAACUUAUUCUUCUGUAUCUUAUUUUCUUUUGUAAACUUCUUGGUUUUGUUUAAAAAUGGCUUUAUAAAAGGGCUUUUAUAACCCAUAAA